GUUGUCUAUGGAAACACAGAACGGAAUCUUGUAAAAGAUUAGGCCAUUUCAUAAAACAAAUGUAUAGUAACUCGCAGAAAAUAUCUUCGGGACACUUGUAUUUAUUUCAGCUUUGCAUUUUAUUUUAAAUUGAAUUGUGAGCCGCAUUGUAGGUCCAUUGAAAAAGGAUUCAUCUUCGACUUGCGGAAGGGUUAGCAGUCUCGAUUCUGCAAUAGAAAAGAUUGCUUUUGAGAGGAGACGUAAGAUUACAGUGUAAGCUGACGUUAGUUCGCGUUAUACUGGAAACUACGGAACCUUUGGCGUCUGGGACUAGGAUGUCAGUACUGAAUCAGAGUGGAGAAGAGCAGGUGGAAUGUCCCCUGUGUAUGGAACCUUUGGAAGUGGACGACCUUCACUUCUACCCGUGCACAUGUGGUUAUCAAAUAUGCCGUUUUUGUUGGAAUCGUAUUCGGGAGGGCGAGAACGGGCUGUGUCCGGCGUGUCGGAAGGCCUACCCGGAGAACCCAGCAGACUUCACUCCGCUCAGUCAGGAGCAGGUGGCGGCGAUAAAGACGGAGAAGAAGGCGCGCGAACAGAAGCGGCGGAACAAGACGCUGGAGUCGCGGCGCGCGCUCGCGAACGUGCGCGUGGUGCAGAACAACCUCGUGUUCGUGGUCGGCCUGCCCGUGCGCCUCGCCGACCCCGAGAUCCUCAAACGUCAAGAGUACUUUGGAAAAUACGGGAAAAUUCACAAAGUAGUUAUAAACCAAAGUACCGCGUAUGCAGGCUCACAGGGUCCGUCAGCGUCCGCGUACGUGACGUACGUGUCGUCGGCGGACGCGCUGCGGGCCAUCCAGGGGGUCAACAACGUGACGCUGGACGGGCGCGUGCUGAAGGGGUCGCUGGGCACCACCAAGUACUGCGCCAACUUCAUGAAGAACCAGCCCUGUCCCAAGCCAGACUGCAUGUAUCUCCACGAGCUAGGUGAUCCUAAAGCGUCGUUCACUAAGGAAGAAAUGCACGCGGGCCUGCAUCAGGUGUACGAGCGGAAACUGCACAAUCAGCUGCAGCAGGCCACGCGAGAGACGCCCACAGACAAACAAUACAAUAGUUCAGGUAAUUCUAGUACGAGCGCAGAAAAAGGCAGUUCAAAAGAUGGCAAUCAAUCGAAUAACGUUCCGACAGCAGCGGUCACAUCACCUAAUAUAAAUGUAGUCAAUUCGUCUAAAUCUAAAAAGGAGCAUCAAAACGGCAGCAGUCAGAGCAGCAGCUCGGGCAGCGACAAGAGCAGCAAGGAGGCGUGGCCCAGCCUCGGCAGCUCACCGCCCGACCGGCUGCUGCCCAGCCCCAGCCGCCACGAACAGAAUAAGUCACAAGAAAACGGCACAUCAGAAUCUUCCAGUCCCACACAACUCACACAGCAAGCUCAAACGAACACAAAAAGCAAUAAAGACUACACGGACAAAUCCAAAAGCAAGGACAGCACAAACCCACAGCCCAAGAAGAGCAAAGACAAGAAAAAGAACGCCAGCAUCACCGACAACGACGACGAACGGACAGACAAACACACACAGAGCAAUGGCACUAAUAAUACUGUAUUCGAGACAGACUCCCACCAGUACUUGUCUAACGAAUUGGAUGAACUGGAGUCAGAUAGACACAGCUUGCUUGAAAACCACGACUUAUUAGAUAAUAGCGAUCACAAUCUCCUAGAGGACGACAAUACACACAGCUUGCUGACCGACGGCAAUAACGACGUCAUGAUGAUGCUGAGACACAAGGAAAUGUUCGCUGGUCUGGUGGAAAACAAUCACAUGCAAGCGAAACCACUCAACGGAUACGGUUUAUUAGACAGAGAUAUGUAUUUAGGUAAUGAUAGGCAAAUUAGUAACAAAAUUCCGAUGCCGAAAGGCGUGGAGAGGGAGUUGAGGAGAGAGGAGUUGAAUAGAAAUGAGAUGCUGUUGAGACAAAGUGAGAUGUUGGCGCGGCAGCGGGCACUGGAGCACAAACACUAUCUGCCCGGGGCGAGUAUAGGGCUCGACUCUGCUAGUGAAAUGUUAGGUGCUAAUUAUCAUCCAAAUCACAGUAUGCUUCCUCCGUUUGGCAUGAGAGUAGACAAUUCAAUGGGCACAAGUUCUCUAGGCAUGGCCAACACACUGCCAAACAGUUUGUCCAACAUGUCCAACAAUAUCUCCAACAACAUGUCCAAUAUGGCCAAUAAUCUGCCCAACGGGUUGGUGAACAAUCUAGGAAACAGCAGCUUGAGCAACUUGAACAAUAUGAACAGUAUCGCAAGUAAUAUGAGUAAUAUGAAUAGUAUGGCGAACAAUUUGAACAGUAUCCCGGCCGGGUUCAUGUUGCAUACACAGAUGUUGAACCAGCAGCAGCAACAACAACAGAUGCAACAGAGCGCACUCGUCAAUGGAUUUGAUGCGCCACAGGCUAGCGAAGGGCGUUACUUGGCAGAGAACAUGGACAAGUUCUUCACAGACUUCCACAAGGCGCAGCAGCGGCGCGCGCUCGCCAACAUGCUCAGCGCCGAGCGGCUGGAGCUGGAGCUGGAGCACAAACAGAGAAUGAACAAUUUAAGAGUGGCGGAGAGCAGCGGUCGUGCAGCGGGGGACGGGGACGAUGAUUUAGAUUUUGAUCCGUUCAAAGAAACUCAAAAGGCGCUCCAGGAAAUGAUGGAGACGGAACUCAUGCAGGGGGGGGUUUCUAGCGGUGACAAUAUGGAGCGCGUCCGCCGCGCCCGCCUGCCGCCGCCCGGCUUCAGCCACGUCAGCGGCUUCCAUCUCCAGCAGCAGCAGCAGCAGCAGCAGCAACAACAACAGCAACAGCAGCCCAGGCUACACCACCACCAAGGCUACAGCGGCGCACAAAACAGUUCGUUCUCAGACUGGACGCAGAUGGACCCCGCCAUCAUGUCCACCUCCGUCAACCUCGUCAACUCGCAGCAGCCGCAGCUCUCACACCAACACCAGGAGCUGUUCGCGAAGUUCAACCAGCUGAGCGUGGCGCACAAGCUGCCGCUGCUUCCUCAGCAAUGGCACGCGGCGCCGCAGAAGCCGCUGCAGUGGGGCUCGUACAACAGCGUGCCGCUGCCCCCGGGCUUCGCCCCCGCGAAGCCCCCGCAACACCCCGCCGAAUGCAUCGACGCCAAGUAACGUGCAAUCGAAGACCCGGAUACUAUAUUUUCUAUUCAGUAAUACGUUUUUUCCGUUGGUGAUGUGAUCGAUAAAUCUUUGUAUUAAGAAGAGCAUAUUUUAACGAGAGAAAUAUGAUAACAAAGGAAUUUGUAAAAUAAAUUAACAUAUUUGUUUUAUUUAAAAAAAAAAUGUUUGAUUUUCUUUUUUCGGUUUCGGCUCGCCGCCCCCCAUUUAUCAUAUUUCUUCCUGUCUUCUCUUUUCUUUAUUUCGUUUCGCGCGCAUUAUAUGUAUAUUCGUUAUAUAUUAUAUAUUUACUGCAAUCAUAUCCCUGUUAUGACAGAUUAUAUUUUGUAUAUUAAAAUGAGAUGCCAAUUACUCGCUGUUCAUGUGUAUCUUAUUGAGCCAUAACCACGGAAAGAUCAUUAAAUGAAGCAAUUAUUA